AUGGAGAAUACACAGGUCAAGAAGCUGAAGCUGGGUUGCGGGGUAUAUGAAGAAGCAUCCCGAUUCUACGUGGAGAUCGAGUGCACUGCUGAUGUGGACGCGCUGAAGACAGCAAUAUUCGACCUGCAACGAUACCGCGAGCGGUUCACAUUCCCCCCAAGCGACAUACUUAAGUACAACUUCGCUUGGCGCGGCCUGGGUGCAGACUGGGACUUCCAAGAACCUAUGAACUGUGAAUUUAUGGAAGAAGCCGUCAAGACGCAUUUUUCCUAUUGGAAAUCCCAAAAGCACGACAAGACGGGUCACCCUUUGUUCCUCUGUGUAGAUGGCCCAGGAACGGGCAAGUCGCGACUUCUGAAUGAAUUUCCGGGAUUUUUGAGAAAGAAAUUUCACAAUGACGAGAACAAGGAGAUGGUGGAGAUGCUGGAAAACGCCUUCGUAUUCAACGUGAUGUUCGAGAAUGGAUCCGAGUCAGCAGGCGAUAACUUUGCCUAUCCUUCCCAGGCGAUCGGAACACGAAUGUUGUAUCAGCUGCAGAAUACUUACCUGGAAGGGAAGUCUCCGCGUGAAAUACUGGACCAUCAAGAAAGAAGCCAUUCCUCGGAUUUCUACGGCGCUUUGGUUUCGCUAAUCAACAUUGUCAACGCUGCGGACAGCUGGGUCAUUGCAAUAGCUUUUACAACGAUCUACGAGCCAGUGAUGAACUAUCUAGCUCUCUCACCCCAGUGGAUAAUUCGGGUAUGGCCACCAAGGCUCUCUCGUCCAACGAAAGACAUAGCGGAUGUUUUUGGCAGCUAUGGGCGUAAUGACUUGGUGCAGCUUCUAGCUGACGAUAUGGGUGGAUUCGGCCGAGCGCUGGAGAAGCUGUAUAUGGUGUUGGCUGAUGUCACCAGCGGGGACGCGAUUGAUUUCGACUCCGUGCUGGAAAACGUGGUGGAUGCACUCAAAAACACGUAUGCUGGUGUUCUCGUGCAGCUGGCCAGUAUGCGUGAUGCAUUUUUGACUGCUGUCGCUUACCGUGUGACCCAUAGACGUUCAACUUUCAGAGGAGCAAGUCUGGAUGCAGUGGUGUCUGCUGGUUUGGUCAGAUAUCGGGAGGACGAGCGCAUUUUGGAGUGCCCCUAUGUCCUGUACGUGAUGGUUGCUUCGUACAAAGUUCCCUGGGACGAGAUGGAAUCAUUUCCAGUGUUUUUACGGGAGCCUCGAAAGCCGUGGCGACGUUUGCAGAGUCUUAAUUGUUUCCUUCGCAUGGUAAAAUCGAUGGCGUUUGCCCCAGAUUCGCCAAUGAGAUGGAAAGAUACCCACCGCGGAGCUCGAUUUGGCCCUGGAUGUGAGAGGCUUGUGAACGAGGUGCUACGCUCGUUUGUGUUAGCUCCAGAUCAAAUGGAUACACAGAGUAAUCCUACCAAGUCCCCCUGCGGUUUUGACUCUGACAACCCAGUUCUCCUGUACCAGCGCGGGGCAGGAUCAUCAUCGGGAGACUCAUUUCUUUGCUUGGAAAAUAAUACUGCGAAAAAGUACUUUCAUGAAGUUCACCGGUAUAUAACCCAGAACCUAUCCCGCGAACAAUUCGAGGUUGAGAAGACGAAAGGUGUUGGGCCUAACGACCUUCUUGUGCUCCAUUACGCCGGAAAUGUGUCGCCGGAUAUCGCUGGGUCAGUUCUGCGCAAUUGUGCAAUCGUUGACCAGAGUUGCUGGGAAAGCUACUACGGCCCUCUUGCGGCAAGAGUGUCGUUUUCGAUGAAAACUCCGCCGCCAUGUUUGAAUUCUAGCUCUGAGGUGCAUCUUCGAUUGGAUGAAGGAGUGGGAGUGAAACGUAGUGCAGCUAUAGCGGAAGCGCUGAAAGACGGCGAAUUUACCAGCUACCAAGAUGCAGCAACUCGGACGGACGUGCCGUUGCAUGUGCUGAAAAGGUUCCGAUUGAACCUGGACUCGGGCAGCUGA